CCAAAAAUGGACGAGCCGAAAAUCUGAAAAACUGGUUUUCAUAUUUUUGUUUUUAGCACGUCCUAUCUGACGGCGAUUUAAUUUAUCCAACCACCUCAUUUUAUAUAUGUUCAGUUACUCGUAUGAGCUCAAACGACAACCAGAGUGAGGAGAGAGAGGAAGGAGCACAAGCUGCAAAUACUGACCUAUCAUCCUCUCAGGCGCCCUCAGGAAAACCUCAAUCCCAGAACUCUGAAACCAUGAAAAGAGCAGCAGCUAAACAACUCAUCGAGAAGUAUUUCUUCCAACUGACGGAGGGCUGUGGAGAUACGUCAUGCUCCAAUAAAUACUGUGCCUCCAGUGGUCAGUUUUACAUGAAGGACCUAACGAGGAAUCAGGCUGGUGUGCAAGCAAUACAGCUGUUUAAAGAAAAAGCUCCAAUAUGUGAGGACACUCCCACAAAGAUUGCAAAAGUCCCAGAGAAAUUGUCACCAGAUGCCUCCACUGACUCACCUUCCACUUCAGGGGCCUCUAGCUCUACCAAAGCACCACCUAUUGAGAGUGCUCAUAAAAAUAAAAAGACCCCUUCUCCACCAGCCAAGAAGGAAACUCCAUACUUGACAGAAGCGAAAGUUGCAGCCAUCAUAGAGGAAUGUAAAGCCACCAAAAACUGGUCUCAACUCAUACGUAUUAUUGGGAGCGUCUUCAAUAACCAGGAGUCGCUAGAGCUCAGUUUCCAGAUCCAACCAAGUAAAGAAGAAAUGAACGCACAACUUGAAGAUGAAGACAAAGAUAAGGACGAAUCAGAAGAACAAACAGAUUGUAGUGACCAAUCAGAACCUUGCACUGGAAAAUCAAAUAUUCCAAAAUCUGACACGGCUAAUUUGAACUCAGAGACAUCAGAUGUGUUAAAAUCGGAAUCAGGCAAGUCUGUAUUGAGUGAAAGUGAAGCCGUAAAGAACAAUCCAUCUGGUGAUUCUGAUGAUGACUUAGCAGGUGUAAAAGUGAGGGAAAAUGUAGACACUUCUGCCAACACUACCAAAACUAAAGCUGUAGUUGAAGAUAAUAGCACUACAGUGGAUAUUGAAGCAGUUAGAAGAACGUUCAAAGAACUAUUUAGCCUGCCUGAGUUACCAUUUCAGCCUUCAUUGAUCAACGCUUUAAUAUAUCUACCACGUGGUGGUAUGCAGAUGGACAUUCAAUAUCACAAUGCUUAUGAACGGAAUCCAAAAAUUCUCAAUAUAUUCUUGAUUUUGAUGGAAAUCCCCUGUUUGCAUAGUCCAGAAUUUAUCGAAGAAGCCUUUCCCACAUUGUGUAAAACCAUAGGACUGUUACCUGUAGCCGGACAGGCCCAUUUAGCUCGCAUAUGGUCAAAGUACCCUGUAGACAAACUGAGAUCCUUUUUGGAAUCAUUACAGCAGCUUAUUACAGUCAAAGUGAUAACAGGACAAUGGAGCAGCAUGAAUAUUGUGAAUGACUGUGAAGCUAUCACAUCUGCCGUAAAAGUUUUGAAAAUUCUUUACUAUGCUUGUAUAUACGGCGGGAAAAUGGACACCCCCGUUGUCUUAGAACGCGAAAAAUCAGCAGCAGCUGCGAUGGAAGAAAGCAUACAUGAUUAUCUUCAAGGGGCUGUGGGGCGAGACAAGGAACAAACAACACCAAAGGAAGAUGUAUUAGGGAAAGAGCUUGGCGUCAAUGUCCUUGAUUGCCGGGAACCAUUAAUACCAUAUAUGGAAUUUGUAAACGAGGCUUUAAAUUCAGACUCUAUAGAAAUGGAUAAGGAUUAUCCUUACUACAAGAACAAUAAAUUUAGUUUCAUGAACCAUUCGUUUAUAUUGACAACUGCUACUAAAAACUUGGGCAUGUAUUUUGACAAUAGGAUUCGAAUGAUUAACGAAAGAAGGACAUCCAUGUUACAAAGUUUGGUCCACGGAGGCCCCAGUAUGCCAUAUCUGAGGAUACGGAUACGCAGGGACCACAUUAUAGACGACGCUUUAGUCGGGCUUGAAAUGGCUGCAAUGGACAACCCAGUUGACUUAAAGAAACAACUCUAUGUUGAAUUUGAGGGUGAACAAGGUAUUGAUGAGGGAGGAGUGCAGAAGGAGUUCUUCCAACUUGUUGUAGAAGCCAUCUUUAAUCCAGAUAUAGGUAUGUUCACAUAUGAUGAAGAAACCAGGAACUUCUGGUUCAAUUCAACCUCAUUUGAAAAUGAUGGCCAGUUUACUCUCAUCGGAAUUGUGCUUGGUUUGGCCAUCUAUAACAAUGUGAUACUAGAUAUUCACUUCCCUGCUGUUGUCUACAGGAAGCUGUUGGGCAAACUUGGCACAUUUGAGGAUCUAUCUGAUUCACACCCUACACUUGCCAAAAGUCUCCGAGAUCUCUUAGAGUUUGAAGGUGAUAUAGAAGAAACAUAUAUGUACAAUUUCCGUAUUGGUUACAAAGAUGUAUUUGGUCAGGACCUCACACAUGACUUAAAAGAACAUGGGGAUGAGAUACCAGUCACACAUAAAAACAAACAGGAAUUUGUGAACCUGUAUGCAGAUUUCCUGUUGAAUAUAUCAUGUGAGAAACAGUUCCGUGCAUUCAAGCGUGGCUUUCACAUGGUCACAGAUGAGAGUCCUUUGAAACUUCUUUUCCGACCAGAGGAAGUUGAGUUAUUAGUCUGUGGUAGUACGAAUCUUGACUUCAAUGCCCUUGAGGAAGCUGCAGAAUAUGACGGGGGCUUUGAUGCCACUUCUGGAACUGUCAAACAUUUCUGGGAGGUUGUUCAGGGGAUGUGUGAUGACCAAAAGAGAUUGCUAUUACAAUUCACAACUGGAUCUGAUAGAGUGCCCAUUGGAGGUCUUGCCAAAUUGAAGCUGAUCAUCGCCCGCAAUGGACCGGAUUCUGAAAGGCUCCCCACUGCCCAUACAUGCUUCAAUGUGCUUCUGUUACCCGACUACAACAAUAAGGAGAAACUGAAAGAACGCCUGCUGAAAGCCAUCACACACGCUAAAGGAUUCGGAAUGCUUUAGACUAUAAAUUUUGAUCGAUUACAUCUAAAUGUUGACACUUGUGGAAGAAUAAUAAUUUUGGACAAAUGAUAAUUUCAGUCGACUGUAAAAUAUUGAUUUGUAAUGGCCCUGAACAUGAAUAGUAAAUCAACAUUUUAAUAUAAAGGUUGUUUUUUGAAAUUAACUUGUUUUUCCAAAACAUAAGACACCAUCAGUCAAGGGAUAUUCUUUCAGGAAUGUGAAACAUUGAAUUUAAAUUACCAGGCCUAUGUAAUAAAGUUAUAAAUUAAACAGGUGUAUAAAAAUAUUAAAACUCAAUGCAAAAAUAAGUCAAAACCUUUUGUUUUGGGGAAUAAAACACUAAAAAUAUUCCCAUUUACAAUCUAGUAAAUCAGUGUUUUAGGGUUUAUGUAAAAGUGAGUGUAAAAUUAUAGGAAAACUUCAGCUUUGUUUAACGUGGAAUAGACAGUAGCUGAGGGUCUCUUUAAUACAGUAAAACAAAAACUUAAGGGUCCCACUAAAUAUCCUUGUUCAAUUGUUUUAUUGAUACUGUAUUUCUAGUGCAAAUCAAAUUGGGGAUAAAUACAUAUGGCUGCAAAUGUCUUUCAUGAUAUAAUA